AUGGGCUGCAGGCCCAAGUUCUCGGCCUACUUAGCCUCCGCAUCGAUCCUGCCAAGGUUCUGUAAGAAGAAGAGUGGCAUAACAAGAACAAGUAAGAGGUGCUUUUGUCAUAGCUGGAAACAUUCUACCUCAAUGUCAACAUCAAAUGAUGGGUUCCUCUCUGUGAAACUGUCCCCAAAAGAGAGUUUACAGCCAUUGGGAAUCAGCGCCUUGCUUAUAUCGCUUCUGACCACGCCUAAGAGGUUGAUGAUCUUGUAUGUUACUGAUUUUGGUGUGUAUGUAAAUGAUUUGGUGUAUGUGACAGACAAUGCUUACAACAACAAGCAGAUUCUGGUGAUGUCUUGGAGAAUGAUGGAGAAUAUGGUUCAUUUUCUUGCUGAGCUGGGGAUGAUGCAAUGUCACACCUUUAAGUUUUAUCCCUCCAAAGGUAUAGAAUAUGGUUCGCUCAAAUUACUUGGAAUCAGUGUAAGCAAGCAGAUAUAA